CAAUCAAACCUUUUUUGACAUUUCCUUUUGCCGCACGCAUUGUUUUGCUGUUAAAGUCAACUUGACUUAUUAAAGUUUGUAAACAAUACGAAACUUUAAAUUUUGUUAUUUUAAUCAAUAAGAUUAAGAGUGCUUGUGGAUAAUAGAAAGAUUAUUUAACUGAGAAUUAAAAUGUGUUACACUGACUGUUGGCUGGCUAAAGAUUUCCCUCCAGUUGAACCAAGCGAAGAUCAUAUAGUGUUAUUCAGAAUAUGCAAUGGGCAAUACAUUCCGAAUAUCGGAGAAGAUAAAUGGGACAAGGACCAUGUGAAAAUGCCAUGUUCUGAUAGAAAUAUCAGCAAAGAGACUAAUGAAACUAAACAAUGGGACGUCAUAGUAGAAGCUUUGUCUCGAAAAAUUAAAAAUUCCGAGGAUUUAGCAUCCGCGAUACUCACAUAUCAGACACAGUUUAAGGAUAUUUGGAAGUUCAAAGCUAUGCAUAGGUUUUUUAACGAGUACUGGGAUAAAAAUGACAGUGAAUACUUCUUCGAAAACACUUUGCCUAAAGUUGCGCGUUUAGCUUUGGAUUUACCGGAGUUAAUCAAAUCGCCUAUACCGUUACUGAAACAAGGAUGUAAUAUAUCGCUAUCAUUUACACAGUUGCAACUCGCUAGUUUGCUAGCAAACGCAUUCUUUUGUACAUUCCCAGAGAGGAAUAAUAAGAGAAGGGAUUCAGAAUACAAAACAUAUCCGCCGGUUAAUUUCAACGUACUAUACGACGGCGGCGGACCAAAAGUAAUGGAGAAAUUGAAAUUUAUCUGUCAUUACUUCAACAGAGUCUGUGAAGUAAAUCCAACCGGAGUCGUCACGUUUUCUCGUCGCCAUAUCCCUGUAGACAAAUGUCCUGACUGGGCUCGCGUCACCCUUCCCAUGUCAACGGUGCCCCUUGGUGUAGACGAUAGCAAACUCAUUGAAGACGCAAAGUACUGGAUACAAAUGGAUUUCGCCAAUAAAUACAUAGGUGGCGGCGUCCUUCGUCGCGGAGCCGUGCAAGAGGAGAUCCGGUUCGUGUCGAAUCCUGAACUCAUGGUGUCGUUACUGUUCACCGAGGUCCUGAGUCCCACCGAAGCCGUCAUGAUUAUAGGUACAGAACGUUACAGCACGCACACUGGUUAUAGUUCCACUGUCAAAUGGUCUGGCAAUUAUAUAGACGAGACCCCCACAGACUCGUCUGCCAGGCGGCAGUGUGCGAUACUAGCGUUAGACGCUAGAAGAUUCCCUAAGCCUGACGAGCAGUACUGUAAGGAAAUGAUAGACAGAGAGUUGAAUAAGGCAUACGUUGGAUUUUCAUUUUAUUCGAAGGCCGGUGGAUUGAGUUACCCGGGGAUAGCGACGGGUAACUGGGGCUGUGGGGCCUUUGGCGGUUCGGCCAGAUUGAAGUCCUUAUUGCAGAUUAUGGCCUGCGUCAGAGCCGGCAGACCGAUUUCUUACUUCACAUUUAAUGAUGUAACAUUAAAAAAUAAUAUAGAACAUAUGUACGAGUUCCUCAGAACAAAUAAUGUUACAGUCGGCGAUCUGUAUAAAUGUCUGAUGGAUUUCUGUGAAUCUGAGGAUCAUAUUAGUGUGUUUGUUAACUUAUAUGAAAACAUUGAGAAUUAUUUCAACAAACAAAUGAGUUUGGAUGACAAUCAACCUAAGACAUAAAAUAGGGUUUAACUUGAGAAAUUAAACCAUUGAAACAGAUCGAUAUCACAGUAGUUUCACAAUACAUGAGGUUGUAUAUCUGAUAGUACUUUUAUACACAUAUAUAUAUAUAUCUCAGAUUACUCUGCAUCAACUUUAUCAAAUGCAGAUACCAAGAAUUUAUGUAUCACAGAAGUUUUUUAAUUUGUGAUGUACCAUCUCUAAAACCAACAUUAAGUUUUACACCAAUAAGUGGAGGAUCUUCAAAACAUAUACUCAAUGAAUAUUGUCCGUUUAACAAAUGUAAAGAUCAUAUUCUGUCAAAAUAAAACACACACCUAAUAUAAUUAAAAUUAUUUAUUAU